GUCAGCGGAAACUGUAUGUUCAGCAGGCGGAAGUUCUAACGUUCUUUCUGCUCCUGGACAGCCAUCAUGGUGUUCAAACGCUACGUCGAGAUCGGCCGUGUUGCCUACCUCUCUUUCGGACCCCAUGCAGGCAAGCUGGUGGCCAUCGUCGAUGUCAUCGACCAGAAUAGGGCACUUGUUGAUGGUCCCUGUACAGGGGUGAAGAGGCAAUCUAUGCCAUUCAAGUGCAUGCAGCUCACAGAUUACGUCAUCAAAGUACCACACAGUGCCCGUCAGAAGUUUGUGAGGAGAGCCUGGGAAAAGGCCCAAGUCAACGAGAAGUGGGACCAGAGCAGCUGGGCCAAGAAGAUCGAGGCAAGAAAGAAGAGGGCCAACAUGUCUGACUUUGACCGCUUCAAGGUGAUGAAGGCCAAGAAGAUGAGGAACAAGAUCAUCAAGCACGAGGUGAAGAAGCUCCAGAAAGAGGCGGCAAAGAAGUGAACAGUUUACACGAAAUAAAUGUCCUGUUCAAUUGUU